UAUGCUCGGACUCGACUACAGCAGCAGUGAUGACAAUGAAGAUGAAGAACAAGUGGUCGACAAAUGCGGCGAAAGACAUCCAAAGGACAAUAAACUCGAGUCCACAAACUGUCUCAAAGUCAGCGAUGCCGUCAAAUCAAUGGCCAACCCGUUUGAGGCCAGCAAUUAUGAACUGAGUUCCGAUUCGGACAACGAUAAAGAGCUAGCAAUUGAUUACCGAACACAAGAUAUGACAAAAUUCAGUGAUAAUUUGCCGUCAGUUUUAUUACCGAAACCAAUUGCUGUCCAUCCAUCUGUACAUUUGAAGAAUACAAUUACCGAAAUUACUGGUCAGAGCAGCAAAGUAUCGAUAUUUAGUAAUCCAUUCAAAGAGGAAGAGAUGAAAGAGAUGGAACAGCUUGAGAGACACGUCAAGAUGAGUGACAAUACAAGCAGUUCUGGUCAAUCAUCGUCUGAUCCCAAGUUAACGGCAAAGAAAAUCUGUUGGAAUUAUCACAAACACAAGAAAUGUAAAUUUGGUAACAGAUGUCGGUUUAGACACGAAGACGACAACUUUAUCGAUGUUUCAAAAGUUAUCAAAACAACGGCCAACAACAGCAACAACAACAAGAAAAGAGUCGGUUUGACUGAUGACUUAAUACCACCGAAGAAGGCUUUAAUGGCUUAUUAUAAUUCAACCACAAAAUGA